AUGAUUAUCUCUCGCCCCCAUCAGUCUUUACAAUUGUCAACCAUCAAUCAUAUCAGUCUCAAGUCUCUGGCUUCACACGGCACACACGAGACGACGACGACGACGAAAUAUCGAGGAAUACAUUACACUCUCCCCUCUACCGUCUUUGCCUCAACCCUUCUCCGCACCAGACCCGGAGUGUUAUCAAUCCCUUCUCUCCGUGACCAGUCGCCUCGCUCUCGUGGACGCCGUUGCCAAACCAUUGCACGCUUGGAGACAGGUUGGACGAGGAUAGCAUACGCAAAAGACUUGAAAAGGCAUUUGCCAAUCAUUCAAGACGUCGGCAUCUCACAGCGCGGAACCGCCGCGGGCAUGAACAUUGCUGCAGUAGCAGUGACGGCAUAAGGUACAGCGAGAGUGUGGCUUUGCUCGGGCAAGGCGACAGUUGCGAAGCAGCUAUCCAUCCGCAUACUCUACCUACCCUACUCCAGAUCAUAUAACAUCGCUUUGCAACCGCCAACUUGAUCAGUUUUGACCGGCAACUACCGGUAACGCGCCCACCUCACCCACAACAACGGAAGUCAAAAA